GCAGGUCGGCCGGCAUCUGCGCUCCGCUUGCGCCGCAGACCAUGGCCGCAGUGACCUUGUCUGUGCCCGGGAGGAAGGCGUCCCUCAAGCCAGGCCCAGUGCCGGAGGCCGCCCAGCCAUUCCUCUUUGCACCUCGGACGCCAAGCGUGGGUGGCCCGGGUGGGCCGCAGGUGGAGUGGACAGCGCGGCGCCUGGUGUGGGUGCCUUCGGAGCUGCAUGGCUUUGAGGCUGCGGCCCUGCGCGAUGAGGGAGAAGAGGAGGCCGAGGUGGAGCUGGCCGAGAGCGGGCGGCGGCUGCGGCUGCCCAGGGACCAGGUGCAGCGCAUGAACCCGCCCAAGUUCAGCAAGGCUGAGGACAUGGCCGAGCUCACCUGCCUCAACGAGGCGUCCGUGCUGCACAACCUGCGAGAGCGCUACUACUCGGGCCUCAUCUACACCUACUCUGGCCUUUUCUGCGUGGUCAUCAACCCGUACAAGCAGCUGCCCAUCUACACAGAGGCCAUUGUGGAGAUGUACCGAGGCAAGAAGCGCCACGAGGUACCACCCCACGUAUACGCAGUGACCGAGGGGGCCUACCGAAGCAUGCUCCAGGAUCGCGAGGAUCAAUCCAUUCUCUGCACUGGGGAGUCUGGAGCCGGGAAGACAGAGAAUACCAAGAAGGUCAUCCAGUAUCUGGCCCACGUGGCAUCAUCACCCAAGGGCAGGAAGGAGCCCGGCGUCCCCACCUCCGUCAGCACCAUGUCUUAUGGGGAGCUGGAGCGGCAACUUCUUCAGGCCAAUCCCAUCCUUGAGGCCUUCGGUAAUGCCAAGACGGUGAAGAAUGACAACUCCUCCAGAUUCGGCAAAUUCAUCCGUAUCAACUUCGAUGUCGCAGGCUACAUUGUUGGCGCCAACAUUGAGACCUACUUGCUAGAGAAGUCAAGGGCCAUCCGGCAGGCAAAAGAUGAAUGCAGUUUCCACAUCUUCUACCAGCUGCUAGGGGGUGCUGGGGAACAGCUCAAAGCCGAUCUGCUCCUGGAACCCUGCUCCCACUACCGCUUCCUCACCAAUGGGCCCUCGUCCUCCCCGGGUCAAGAACGAGAACUGUUUCAGGAGACGCUGGAGUCCCUACGGGUGCUGGGAUUCGUCCCCGAGGAGAUCACAUCCAUGCUGCGGAUGGUCUCUGCUGUCCUCCAGUUUGGUAACAUCGUUCUGAAGAGAGAGCGGAACACGGAUCAAGCCACCAUGCCUGACAACACAGCUGCCCAGAAACUCUGCCGCCUCCUGGGACUGGGGGUGACCGACUUCUCCCGUGCCCUGCUCACACCCCGCAUCAAAGUUGGCCGAGAUUACGUGCAGAAAGCCCAGACCAAAGAGCAGGCUGACUUUGCUCUGGAGGCUCUGGCCAAAGCCACUUACGAGCGCCUCUUCCGCUGGUUGGUCCUGCGGCUCAACCGUGCCUUAGACCGCAGCCCCCGCCAAGGCGCGUCCUUCCUGGGGAUCCUGGACAUCGCUGGCUUCGAGAUCUUCCAGCUGAACUCCUUCGAGCAGCUAUGCAUCAACUACACCAACGAGAAACUGCAGCAGCUCUUCAACCACACCAUGUUCGUGCUGGAGCAGGAGGAGUACCAGCGCGAGGGCAUCCCCUGGACCUUCCUGGAUUUCGGGCUCGACCUGCAGCCCUGCAUCGACCUCAUCGAGCGCCCGGCCAACCCUCCUGGACUCCUGGCCCUGCUGGAUGAAGAGUGCUGGUUCCCAAAGGCCACAGACAAGUCCUUCGUGGAGAAAGUGGCCCAGGAGCAGGGUGGACAUCCCAAGUUCCAACGCCCCAGGCACCUGCGCGAUCAGGCCGACUUCAGCGUCCUGCACUACGCGGGCAAGGUGGACUACAAGGCCAACGAGUGGCUGAUGAAGAACAUGGACCCCCUGAAUGACAGUGUGGCAGCCUUGCUGCACCAGAGCACGGAUCGGCUCACAGCAGAGAUCUGGAAGGAUGUGGAGGGCAUCGUGGGGCUGGAGCAAGUGAGCAGCCUUGGAGAGGGCCCACCAGGUGGCCGCCCACGCCGUGGAAUGUUCCGGACUGUUGGGCAGCUCUACAAGGAAUCUCUGAGUCGACUCAUGGCCACCCUGAGCAAUACCAACCCAAGUUUUGUCCGUUGUAUCGUCCCCAAUCAUGAGAAAAGAGCCGGGAAGCUGGAGCCAAGGCUGGUGCUGGACCAGCUCCGCUGUAACGGCGUCCUGGAGGGCAUCCGCAUCUGCCGCCAGGGCUUCCCCAACCGCAUCCUCUUCCAGGAAUUCCGGCAGCGGUAUGAGAUCCUUACUCCCAAUGCCAUCCCCAAGGGCUUCAUGGAUGGCAAGCAGGCCUGCGAGAAGAUGAUCCAAGCUCUGGAACUGGACCCCAACCUCUACCGAGUGGGUCAGAGCAAGAUCUUCUUCCGGGCUGGGGUCCUGGCUCAGCUGGAAGAGGAACGGGACCUGAAGGUCACAGACAUCAUCGUGUCCUUCCAGGCGGCUGCAAGGGGAUACCUGGCUCGCAGGGCCUUCCAGCGUCGGCAGCAGCAGCAGAGCGCCCUGAGGGUGAUGCAGAGGAACUGUGCGGCCUACCUCAAACUUAGGAACUGGCAGUGGUGGAGGCUGUUCAUCAAGGUGAAGCCCCUGCUCCAGGUGACGCGGCAGGACGAGGUGCUGCAGGCGCGGGCCCAGGAGCUGCAGAAGGUGCAGGAGCUGCAUCAGCAGAGCGCCCGCGAAGUCGGGGAGCUCCAGGGCCGAGUGGCACAGCUGGAGGAGGAGCGCGCUCGCCUGGCAGAACAGCUCCGAGCCGAAGCCGAGUUGUGCUCCGAGGCCGAGGAGACUCGCGUGAGGCUGGCUGCCCGCAAGCAAGAGUUGGAAGCCGUGGUGUCGGAGCUGGAGGCGCGUGUGGGAGAAGAGGAGGAGUGCAGCCGGCAGCUGCAGAGCGAGAAGAAGCGUCUGCAACUUCACAUCCAGGAGCUGGAGACCCACCUGGAAGCUGAGGAGGGGGCUCGGCAGAAGCUGCAGCUGGAGAAGGUGACCACCGAAGCCAAGAUGAAGAAGUUCGAGGAGGACCUGCUGCUCCUGGAGGAUCAGAAUGCCAAGCUGAGCAAGGAACGGCGGCUGCUGGAGGAGCGCCUGGCCGAGUUCUCCUCGCAAGCAGCAGAAGAGGAAGAGAAGGUCAAGAGCCUGAACAAGCUGCGGCUCAAAUAUGAGACAACCAUCGCCGACAUGGAGGACCGGCUGCGGAAGGAGGAGAAGGGCCGGCAGGAGCUGGAGAAGCUGAAGCGGCAGCUGGAUGGGGAGAGCUCGGAGCUGCAAGAGCAGAUGGCCGAGCAGCAGCAGCGGGCUGAGGAGCUGCGCGCACAGCUGGGCCGCAAGGAGGACGAGCUGCAGGCUGCGCUGGCCAGGGCAGAGGAAGAGGGCGGGGCCCGUGCCCAGCUGCUCAAGUCCCUUCGUGAGGCACAGGCUGGCCUGGCAGAGGCCCAGGAGGACCUGGAGGCUGAGCGGGCAGCCAGGGCCAAGGCGGAGAAGCAGCGGCGGGACCUGGGUGAGGAGCUGGAGGCACUUCGUAGUGAGCUGGAGGACACACUGGACUCUACCAAUGCACAGCAGGAGCUGCGAUCUAAGAGGGAGCAGGAGGUGACAGAGCUGAAGAAGGCUCUGGAGGAGGAGGCGCGCACCCAUGAGGUGGCCGUGCAGGAGCUGAGGCAGCGGCAUGGCCAGGCCCUGGGGGAACUGGCGGAGCAGCUGGAGCAAGCCCGCAGGAGCAAAGGUGUAUGGGAGAAGUCUCGGUUGGCUCUGGAGGCUGAGGUGUCUGAGCUGCGUUCGGAGCUGAACAGCCUGCAGACUGCGCGACAGGAGGGGGAGCAGAAGCGGCGCCGCCUGGAGUCCCAGCUGCAGGAGGUGCAAGGCCGGGCCAGUGAUAAGGAGCAGGCUCGAGCUGAGGCCGCUGAGAAGCUGCAGCGAGCCCAGGCUGAACUCGAGAGCAUUUCGGCAGCGCUGAGUGAGGCCGAGUCCAAGGCCAUCCGACUGGGCAAGGAGCUGAGCAGCACAGAGUCCCAGCUGCACGACACCCAGGAACAGCUGCAGGAGGAGACGAGGGCGAAGCUGGCCUUGGGGUCACGCAUCCGUGCCGUGGAGGCGGAGGCAGCUGGUUUACGGGAGCAGCUGGAAGAGGAGGCCGCUGCCAGGGAACGAGCUGGCCGUGAGCUGCAGAGUGCCCAGGCUCAGCUCUCUGAAUGGCGGAGGCGCCAGGAGGAAGAGGCCGGAGCACUGGAGGCUGGGGAGGAGGCUCGGCGCAGGGCAGCCCGCGAGGCAGAGGCCCUGGCCCAGCGCUUGGCAGAAAAGACCGAAGCGGUGGAACGGCUGGAGCGAGGCCGCCGCCGGCUGCAGCAGGAGCUGGACGACGUCACAGUGGACCUUGAGCAGCAGCGGCAGCUUGUAAGCACACUGGAGAAGAAGCAACGCAAGUUUGAUCAGCUCCUGGCAGAGGAGAAGGCCGCAGUGCUGCGAGCUGUGGAGGAUCGUGAGCGAGUGGAGGCCGAGGGCCGGGAGCGAGAGGCCCGGGCGCUGUCACUGACACGGGCCCUGGAGGAAGAGCAGGAGGCACGGGAGGAGCUGGAACGCCAGAACCGGGCUCUGCGGGCUGAACUGGAGGCGCUGCUGAGCAGCAAGGAUGACGUCGGCAAGAAUGUACAUGAACUGGAGCGAGCCCGCCGGGUGGCCGAACAGGCAGCCAAUGACCUGCGAGCCCAGGUGACAGAGCUGGAGGACGAGUUGACAGCAGCUGAAGAUGCCAAGCUGCGCUUGGAGGUGACUGUGCAGGCCCUCAAGGCGCAGCAUGAGCGGGACCUGCAGGGCCAUGACGAGGCUGGCGAAGAGAGACGGAGGCAGCUGGCCAAGCAGCUGAGGGAUGCAGAGGUGGAGCGGGAUGAGGAACGCAAGCAGAGGGCACUGGCCGUGUCCGCCCGCAAGAAGCUGGAGGGCGAGCUGGAGGAGCUGAAGGCGCAGAUCGCGUCCGCAGGGCAGGGCAAGGAGGAGGCAGUGAAGCAGCUCCGCAAGAUGCAGGCCCAGAUGAAGGAGCUGUGGCGGGAGGUGGAGGAGACCCGCAGCUCCCGGGAGGAGAUAUUUGCCCAGAACAAGGAGAGUGAGAAGCGCCUCAAGGGGCUGGAAGCAGAGGUGCUGAGGCUGCAGGAGGAACUGGCAGCCUCGGACCGGGCCCGUCGGCAGGCCCAGCAGGACCGGGAUGAGAUGGCAGAUGAAGUGGCCAACGGAAACCUCAGCAAGGCAGCCAUCCUGGAAGAGAAGCGUCAGCUGGAGGGGCGCCUGGGGCAGAUGGAGGAGGAACUGGAGGAGGAACAGAACAACGCGGAGCUGCUCAAUGACCGCUACCGCAAGCUGCUCUUGCAGGUAGAGUCCCUCACUACAGAGUUGUCUGCUGAGCGCAGUUUCUCAGCCAAGGCUGAGAGUGGGCGACAGCAGCUGGAGCGCCAGAUCCAGGAGCUCCGGGGACGGCUGGGUGAGGAGGAUGCCGGAGCCCGUGCCCGUCAGAAGAUGUUGAUCGCUGCACUUGAGUCUAAGCUGGCCCAGGCGGAGGAGCAACUGGAGCAGGAGAGCAGGGAGCGCAUCCUUUCAGGCAAGCUGGUACGAAGAGCAGAGAAACGACUGAAGGAGGUGGUUCUUCAGGUGGAGGAGGAGCGCAGGGUGGCUGACCAGCUCCGGGACCAGCUGGAGAAAGGGAACCUGCGGGUGAAGCAGCUCAAGCGGCAGCUGGAGGAGGCGGAGGAGGAGGCGUCCAGGGCACAGGCUGGUCGGCGCAGGCUGCAGCGAGAGCUGGAGGAUGUCACCGAGUCCGCAGAGUCCAUGAACCGCGAGGUGACCACGCUGAGGAACAGACUGAGGCGAGGCCCUCUCACCUUUACCACACGCACCGUGCGGCAGGUCUUCCGGCUGGAGGAAGGUGUGGCUUCCGACGAGGAGGCUGAAGAGGCCCCACCCGAGUCUGCACCGCCCCAGGAGCCUGAGGCUCCGCCCCUCAUCACACCCCAGUGACCCAGAAGCCCCAGGGACAGGGCCUGGCUCUCAUAACACCUGUCCCAGCACAGUGCCUCUGGCUUUUUGCACUUUGAGAUGACGAUACCCCCUGGCACUUUCAGCAUUGAUGAACCUGACUGGGGACCCUCUACCCAUAGGGGACCUCCUUGAGCCCAAGAGCCCUGCAUGGAGGCAAGGCCAGGUGCUCUGCUUUGGCAGCUAGUGGGCAUGCUUAGUAAGCAAGGCCUGUUAGGUCCUGACCUAUCUUCAGCUGUUCAUGACCCUAAGCCCCAGGCCUACCCCGACAGAUUGCCAGCAAGGUGCCUCCCUUUUUUCUGCCCUCCUUUUUUGCUAGUCUGUGGUCUUGGGGUAGAGUUCAGAUCCCUUGUGCUCCAGGCGUUGGCAAAAUAAACAACACUCAGACUGGA